AUGUCAAGUUCUCUUACUAACAGCAAUGCCUUGAUAGAAUUCCAUUCCGACUCUUCAGCACCAACAAGUAUGCUGCAGUCAAUUCUUCCCACCAAGCUAUGGAGCUACCUCCGUCACUUGGGUAAGCCGUAUUAUAACGUCCUAGCCAUUCUCGUCUCCACCACUCCACUCCCCUCCACGCAACCAAAACCCGCAUUACCAGACCACGUCGUCCCCGCCAUCCAAGAAAAAUGGUACUACCCUCCAGAAAUCGCAAACGACCUCGCCGCCAUCCCGCUUCCACAGCGCGCCAAAGAAGAAAUCUACGCUUGUGCCUGGGAAUACACGCGCUGUGUUAUUCCGCAGUACACCAAUUGGAACCGGUACAUAGCGUUCAUGCGCAUCAUCAUCAUCGGCAUUGUGGCCGAGUACAAGGGCGACAUGAUUGAUGUCGCUGGUAGCGAUGAGGUGCUGGGGUAUAAUCUCAGCUGUGUUCUGGCGCAGCUGUUUGGAGGCACGAGAAUCCACAAAGACAUGGCCCGCGAAUUCCGCUGCUUCCUCCUCGUCACGAGCGAUAAAGCCAGUUCACGUGGCGGCGGCCUCUUGUUCCGUCGCUAUGUCGCUGCGCUGGCAAAGUCGCCGCGACAGUGGUUCCGCAUGCGUGACACAGACGCCUUGAUCCGGUUUACCAUUGGUGCGGCGCUGGCAUGCAACGACCUCGACAACGUGUGGUACAGCGAGGAGGAGCUUGAGAUUCUGGAUGAGCUGGGCGCCACGCUAUACGACAGCGUUGCGUUUUUCAAGCACCGCUCUGAAGGCGAGACGAAUUCCACAUUUGCAUAUGUCCCUGAUAGCAUGCGCAUCCACGCGUUUCAUCAAUGCCGCGAGGCUCUCUGGGCCCUCGACGUGGCGUGGGCCGGCCGACCAGAUCAUCUUGUGCUGAGCAACUUUCUGCGUUUCUUCGGUGGACCCAUUCAUAUGAUGAUGCGCCGCUACCGGUUCGUAGAAGAGGGCCUGACUAUCGGCAAACCUGAGACAGUGACCGUCGUCAAGCAAGCUCGCCAGCAUGUCAAGCUGUGGAAUCGCGUUGGCGCUCAGAACAGCGGUAGCGCCCGCGAUGUGCAGCGCUACAAGGACUUGGUUGCGCGCAAAGACGAGCUCAUGUUUGACGGACUCGGCGACUUCCUCGAUGAGAACAACCAGAUUACGUGUCGCGAGUGUCUGCGCCAGACUGACUGUGCGGAGAAGACGCUGUAUGCGUUCGGAGGCGUGCAGUUGUGUGGACCGUGUCGGGAUGCAUGGGGCGCGUAUGUGAAUGCGUUUCCCGAGCGCCUUGCGACUGUGUUUCCAGAAGUUGCGACUAUGCUGUGUCAAGCGCCUUGA